UGAUGCAUAUACGAAGUGCAGUGAACUAUUUGAAGAACCUUUUAAAGAGUGCCACUGGUUCGUUCCACCCCAGAUUUAUGUCAGCAGCUGCGUUUCUGAUUACUGCAUGUCCCAGGGGGACAAAGCUCAGCUUUGCACCUCUUUGGAGGACUAUGUGUCUGCUUGUGAGAUGGCUGAGGUGUUUCUGCCCCAAUGGAGGAAUCAUACCUUAUGCUUUGCCAAUCCUACAGCACCACCAACAAACAAGCCCACACCAACUCCAUCCUCUGCAAGUUGUCCAUGGAGCUGUAACUUUGACCAGGAUGAAUGUGGGUGGGAACAACUCAUCCAAGACAGUUUUGAUUGGACGAGGUGGUCAGGAUCAACUCCAUCAAACUUCACCGGGCCAAAUGGUGAUCACACCACAGGAAGUGGCUUUUACAUGUAUAUCGAAGGAGACAGUGUAGUCCAUGGUGACUCAGCCCGAAUAAUGAGUCCCGACUGUCACACUUCUGGCCAGCAGUGUUUGAGUUUUUGGUUUCACAUGUACGGGCCGGCACAUUUCAUGUCACUCAACCUCUACAAGUUUGAAAACAACCGUGCCACCAAAAUAUGGUCCAGAGAAAACAACCAUGGUAAUCGCUGGAUCCAAGGACAAGUAGAAAUCAAGCCACAAAAUCCAUUCCAGAUCAUCAUUGAAGGCAUCAGGGGGUCAGAUCCUCGCUCAGAUGUGGCCAUAGAUGACGUUACCAUAACACAUGGGGCAUGUGAUUAUUCGUCUGUAGAAGAUUCAGAAUCAACCACUCUGGAACCCCAUCUCACUUCUCCAAAUGUUGUCGAUCCCUAUCCAAAUUGCAGAAUGAGCUGUGAUUUUGAAAGUGACAUCUGCAGCUGGACUCAGAUGGUAACUGAUGUUUUUGAUUGGACAAGACACAGAGGCUCCACCCCCACAUCAAUGACCGGCCCCUCCUUUGACCACACAACAGGAAGUGCAGGUGGCUUUUAUAUGUAUAUUGAGGGUGACAGUGCUCUCCAUGGUGACACGGCCCGCCUCAUCAGUCCACAAUGUGCUGAUCCUCAACCUCAGUGUCUCCAGUUCUGGUACCACAUGUAUGGCUCCAGCUGGACCAUGGGACUGAGUGUCUACCUGUUGCAAAACGGCAAUGUUUUUAAACAGGUGUGGAGGAAGGGAGAAGACCAGGGAAACAUGUGGCAUCUUGCAAGGGUGGACAUUAAAUCAGAUGUUAAGUUCCAGGUGAUCUUUGAGGGGCGUAGAGGAAGCUCAAGCUGGUCAGAUGUUGCCAUUGAUGAUGUCUCACUGCACAGGGGACCCUGUAGCGAUUUACCAAACCACGCGGAUCCACCAACACUCCCCCCACCUCUACCUGCAACAACACAACAACCUGCACCCAAUCAAACUGCAAAUGUACCAAACACCUCACCAUCUUGCAACAUCAACUGUGACUUUGAAAAAGACAUUUGCACUUGGACUCAGUUGGCAACUGAUGUUUUUGAUUGGACAAGACAAAGAGGCUCCACCCCCACACCACUGACUGGUCCCUCCUCUGACCACACAACAGGAAGUGGCUUUUAUAUGUACAUUGAGGGUGACAGUGCCCUUCAUGGUGACACAGCCCGUCUCCUCAGUGCACAAUGUGCUGACCCUCAACCUCAGUGUCUUCAGUUCUGGUACCACAUGUAUGGCUCCAGCUGGACUAUGGGCCUGAGUGUCUACUUGCUGCAAUAUGGUAAUGUGGCCAAAGAGGUGUGGAGGAAGAGAGAAGACCAAGGAAACAUGUGGCAUCUUGCACAGGUGGACCUAAGACCAGAUGUUAAGUUCCAGGUGAUCUUUGAGGGGCGUAGAGGAAGCUCAGAACGGUCAGAUGUUGCCAUUGAUGACAUCUCACUACACAGAGGACCCUGUAGUGAUUUACCAAACCACGUGGUUCCACCAACACUCCCCCCACCUCCACCUCCAACAACACCACAACCUGCCCCCAUCCAAACUACAGAAGUACUAAACGCCUCACCAUCUUGCAACAUCAACUGUGACUUUGAAAAAGACAUUUGCACUUGGACACAGUUGGCAACUGAUGUGUUUGAUUGGACAAGACAAAGAGGCUCCACCCCCACACAACUGACUGGUCCUUCCUCUGACCACACAACAGGAAGUGGCUUUUAUAUGUACAUUGAGGGUGACAGUGCUCUUCAUGGUGACACAGCUCGUCUCCUCAGUGCACAAUGUGCUGACCCUCAACCUCAGUGUCUCCAGUUCUGGUACCACAUGUAUGGCUCCAGCUGGACUAUGGGACUGAGUGUCUACUUGCUGCAAUAUGGUAAUGUGGCCAAAGAGGUGUGGAGGAAGAGAGAAGACCAAGGAAACAUGUGGCAUCUUGCACAGGUGGACCUAAGACCAGAUGUUAAGUUCCAGGUGAUCUUUGAGGGGCGUAGAGGAAGCUCAGCACGGUCAGAUGUUGCUAUUGAUGACAUCUCACUGCACAGAGGACCCUGUAGUGAUUUACCAAACCACGUGGUUCCACCAACACUCCCCCCACCUCCACCUCAAACAACACCACAACCUGCCCCCAUCCAAACUACAGAAGUGCCAAACGCCUCACCAUCUUGCAACAUCAACUGUGACUUUGAAAAAGACUUUUGCACUUGGACUCAGUUGGCAACUGAUGUUUUUGAUUGGACAAGACAAAGAGGCUCCACCCCCACACCAUUGACUGGUCCCUCCUCUGACCACACAACAGGAAGUGGCUUUUAUAUGUACAUUGAGGGUGACAGUGCUCUUCAUGGUGACACGGCACGUCUCCUUAGUGCACAAUGUGUUGACCCUCAACCUCAGUGUCUCCAGUUCUGGUACCACAUGUAUGGCUCCAGCUGGACUAUGGGACUGAGUGUCUACUUGCUGCAAUAUGGUAAUGUGGCCAAAGAGGUGUGGAGGAAGAGAGAAGAUCAAGGAAACAUGUGGCAUCUUGCACAGGUGGACCUAAGACCAGAUGAUAAGUUCCAGGUGAUCUUAGAGGGGCGAAGAGGAAGCUCAGCACGGUCAGAUGUUGCCAUUGAUGACAUCUCACUGCACAGAGGACCCUGUAGUGAUUUACCAAACCAUGUGGUUCCACCAACACUCCCCCCACCUCCACCUCAAACAACAACACAACCUGCCUCCAUCCAGACUACAGAAGUGCCAAACGCCUCAGCACCUUGUCAAAUCAACUGUGACUUUGAAAAGGACAUUUGCACUUGGACUCAGUUGGCAACUGAUGUUUUUGAUUGGACAAGACAAAGAGGCUCCACCCCCACACCAUUGACUGGUCCCUCCUCUGACCACACAACAGGAAGUGGCUUUUAUAUGUUCAUUGAGGGUGACAGUGCUCUUCAUGGUGACACAGCCCGUCUCCUCAGUGCACAAUGUGCUGACCCUCAACCUCAGUGUCUCCAGUUCUGGUACCACAUGUAUGGCUCCAGCUGGACUAUGGGACUGAGUGUGUACUUGCUGCAAUAUGGUAAUGUGGCCAAAGAGGUGUGGAGGAAGAGAGAAGACCAAGGAAACAUGUGGCAUCUUGCACAGGUGGACCUGAGACCAGAUGAUAAGUUCCAGGUGAUUUUUGAGGGGCGUAGAGGAAGCUCAGCACGGUCAGAUGUUGCCAUUGAUGACAUCUCACUGCACAGAGGACCCUGUAGUGAUUUACCAAACCAUGUGGUUCCACCAACACUCCCCCCACCUCCACCUCCAACAACACCACAACCUGCCCCCAUCCAAACUACAGAAGUGCCACAUGCAUCAGCAUCUUGUCAAAUCAACUGUGAUUUUGAAAAAGACGUUUGCACUUGGACUCAGUUAGCAACUGAUGUUUUUGAUUGGACAAGACAAAGAGGCACCACCCCCACACCAUUGACUGGUCCCUCCUCUGACCACACAACAGGAAGUGGCUUUUAUAUGUACAUUGAGGGUGACAGUGCCCUUCAUGGUGACACGGCACGUCUCCUUAGUGCACAAUGUGCUGAUCCUCAACCUCAGUGUCUCCAGUUCUGGUACCACAUGUAUGGCUCCAGCUGGACUAUGGGCCUGAGUGUCUACUUGCUGCAAUAUGGUAAUGUGGCCAAAGAGGUGUGGAGGAAGAGAGAAGACCAAGGAAACAUGUGGCAUCUUGCACAGGUGGACCUGAGUCCAGAUGUUAAGUUCCAGGUGAUCUUUGAGGGGCGUAGAGGAAGCUCAUCCCGGUCAGAUGUUGCCAUUGAUGACAUCUCACUGCACAGAGGACCCUGUAGUGAUUUACCAAAUCAUGUGGUUCCACCAACACUCCCCCCACCUCCACCUCCAACAACACCACAACCUGCCUCCAUCCAAACUACAGAAGUACCAAACGCCUCAGCAACUUGUCACAUCAACUGUGACUUUGAAAAAGACAUUUGCACUUGGACUCAGUUGGCAACUGAUGUGUUUGAUUGGACAAGACAAAGAGGCUCCACCCCCACACAACUGACUGGUCCCUCCUCUGACCACACAACAGGAAGUGGCUUUUAUAUGUACAUUGAGGGUGACAGUGCUCUUCAUGGUGACACAGCCCGUCUCCUUAGUGCACAAUGUGCUGAUCCUCAACCUCAGUGUCUUCAGUUCUGGUACCACAUGUAUGGCUCCAGCUGGACUAUGGGCCUGAGUGUCUACUUGCUGCAAUAUGGUAAUGUGGCCAAAGAGGUGUGGAGGAAGAGAGAAGACCAAGGAAACAUGUGGCAUCUUGCACAGGUGGACCUAAGACCAGAUGAUAAGUUCCAGGUGAUCUUUGAGGGGCGUAGAGGAAGCUCAGCCCGCUCAGAUGUUGCCAUUGAUGACAUCUCACUACACAGGGGACCCUGUAGUGAUUUACCAAACCAUGUGGUUCCACCAACACUCCCCCCACCUCCACCUCCAACAACACCACAACCUGCCUACAUCCAGACUACAGAAGUGCCAAACGCAUUAGCAUCUUGCAACAUCAACUGUGACUUUGAAAAAGACAUUUGCACUUGGACACAGUUGGCAACUGAUGUUUUUGAUUGGACAAGACAAAGAGGCUCCACCCUCACACCAUUGACUGGUCCCUCCUCUGACCACACAACAGGAAGUGGCUUUUAUAUGUACAUUGAGGGUGACAGUGCCCUUCAUGGUGACACAGCCCGUCUCCUUAGUGCACAAUGUGCUGAUCCUCAACCUCAGUGUCUUCAGUUCUGGUACCACAUGUAUGGCUCCAGCUGGACUAUGGGACUGAGUGUCUACUUGCUGCAAUAUGGUAAUGUGGCCAAAGAGGUGUGGAGGAAGAGAGAAGACCAAGGAAACAUGUGGCAUCUUGCACAGGUGGACCUAAGACCAGAUGUUAAGUUCCAGGUGAUCUUUGAGGGGCGUAGAGGAAGCUCAUCCCGGUCAGAUGUUGCCAUUGAUGACAUCUCACUGCACAGAGGACCCUGUAGUGAUUUACCCAACCAUGUGGUUUCACCAACACUCCCCCCACCUCCACCUCAAACAACACCACAACCUGCCCCCAUCCAAACUACAGAAGUGCCAAACGCAUCAGCAUCUUGUCAAAUCAACUGUGAUUUUGAAAAAGACGUUUGCACUUGGACUCAGUUGGCAACUGAUGUUUUUGAUUGGACAAGACAAAGAGGCUCCACCCCCACACCAUUGACUGGUCCCUCCUUUGACCACACAACAGGAAGUGGCUUUUAUAUGUACAUUGAGGGUGACAGUGCCCUUCAUGGUGACACGGCCCGUAUUCUCAGUGCACAAUGUGCUGACCCUCAACCUCAGUGUCUUCAGUUCUGGUACCACAUGUAUGGCUCCAGCUGGACUAUGGGACUGAGUGUCUACUUGCUGCAAUAUGGUAAUGUGGCCAAAGAGGUGUGGAGGAAGAGAGAAGACCAAGGAAACAUGUGGCAUCUUGCACAGGUGGACCUAAGACCAGAUGUUAAAUUUCAGGUAAUCUUUGAGGGGCGUAGAGGAAGCUCAGACCGGUCAGAUGUUGCCAUUGAUGACAUCUCACUGCACAGAGGGGCCUGUAGCGCUUUACCAAACCAUGUGGGUGCACCAAAACUCCUCCCGCCUCUACCUCCAACAACACCACAACCUGCCCUUAUCCAAACUGCAGAUGUACCAAACGCCUCAUCAUCUUGUCACAUCAACUGUGAUUUUGAAAAUGAUAUUUGUGCUUGGACUCAAUUGCCAACUGAUGUUUUUGAUUGGACAAGACAAAGAGGCUCCACCCCCACACCACUGACUGGUCCCUCCUCUGACCACACAACAGGAAGUGGCUUUUAUAUGUACAUUGAGGGUGACAGUGCUGUCCAUGGUGACACAGCUCGUCUCCUCAGUGCACAAUGUGCUGACCCUCAACCUCAGUGUCUUCAGUUCUGGUACCACAUGUAUGGCUCCAGCUGGACCAUGGGACUGACUGUCUACCUGCUCCAGUACGGCAAUGUGGCCAAAGAGGUGUGGAGGAAGAGAGAAGACCAAGGAAACAUGUGGCAACUUGCACAGGUGGACCUAAGACCAGAUGAUAACUUCCAGGUGAUCUUUGAGGGGCGUAUAGGAAGCUCAGCCCGGUCAGAUGUUGCCAUUGAUGAUGUUUCACUGCACAGAGGAGCCUGUAGUGAUAUCACUGCCUCAGACAUGUAUGGAAAUUCUGACAGUGAAAAUAGCACAAUAAAGCUAAAAGAAGAGAGGGCAAAGAAUGAGAAAGACUGGAAAGCAACGGAUGAAAAUGUUGCAGCAAGACGGAGAUAAACAUCCUGGCAGUCCAUACUGUUAAAUGAAUACUCUUAUGCCGAAACAUACUUCCAUCUUUGUAAGGCAAAUGACCACCUGAUAAUACCCGUCAUCGGUCAAUCUGGACUUCCUCCUUUUUUAACUAGGACCUAUAAGUUAUUUUCUCUAACAGACUUUUCAUAAUAUUACAUAAACUAAACACGGCUUUUCAUCGCUGAGAUGUUUUCCCCUCCUACAACAGUUUGUUUUUAGUGAAGUUCACACAGGCAUCGUAUCAGCUUGGCAUCCCAAACAUCUUAACAUCUACAAAAUGCCUUAUUCUUUUGUUCUACAUAAAUAUAUUGUUCUGUUAUUUAAAAACUAGUAAAAGUCUUUUUUGCAAAUGUUUCUUGUAUGUGCACAUUAUCUCUGAUUCUCUUUUGAACUUUAUUUAAUAAACAUUUUCAUUUGGUGCAAUAAAA